AUGGAGGUCACGAUAGAGCACGUCCAGCUGGACUUCGUGAGGGACAGGCAGCAACGGCUGGGCCACAUUGCGUCGCUGAACGUGUGCAACGACAUAUUCGUGUUUGGUCUCAAAACAGGACAGAUCUACGCGAUCGAUUUGGACGUCCCAUCUAAGGUGAGCUCCUUCAACGUCCCGCUUGUGGAGGGCAGCGAGAAACUGCUCGCUCUCUGGGUCGAUGCAGGGGCAUCGCAGUGCGUUGUAAAGACCAAUUUCGCAAAGUACUACGUAUUGUCCGUACAGGAUAUCAUACAGGGCCAGGGGAAGACACCAGGACAGGGCAGGGGGCUGGUACCACUGCGUAAAUUGGUUAAACAGAAGCACUGCGACGUCAGGGUCGUCUUCUGGCUUGAUGAAACUAAAUUCAUUUGCUCCACGACUAAAGGUGAUAUAUUCCUGAUAGACAUGCAAACAUCUGAUCCCAGCUGCACGUUGUUAACGAACUUGGACUCUGCGAUCGACGGACUCGUAUAUGAUCGCCAACGGGGACGUAUGAUUGUGGCAAUGUCCCAUACACUGAUGUACUGGGACAUUAAAGAUAAAGACCUCUCACCGGUAGAAGUAUUACAGAGGGGUAUACCGCCAACGGAACAAGAAAAAUUUGAACCUCUCCAAUACGAUAGCAGAAGGACAUUUGUGUUUAAGGGCUCUAAAUUUGCUUGGGUCACGGACGCUGGUAUCAUUUAUGGUGACUUGGCUCAGGAAGGGUUUGAUCAGGGGAACAAAUUGGGCUCCUUGAAGAUGAUCCUCUCCAUGGAAUUGCCAGACUCGCCUCACCAUAUCAAAGACUUGACCAUCUCGGAUUACCAUGUAUUUAUCUUGAGGGGGCCAACUGUGCUCAUAAUAAACCAGCUGAGUAACAAAGUUGUGUUCAACGAAACAAUCUACAACGACGAAAAUCAACCUGAGAAAAUAGUGGGUCUCACGGUCGAUCAAACGCAGUCCACAUUUUGGUGCUUCUCAUCGCGUAACGUUUACGAGAUUAUACUCAAGGGAGAGUCCAAGGCUGUUUGGAAAUUGCUGUGCGAACAAGGCGAAUAUGGCGAAGCAUUGGCUUUGAAAGACUUGAAUUCGUGGGAAUACGACUAUAUCCAGUACCAAAGAGGCACAGCAUUCAUGAAAAAUUCUGACCUUCUAUCUGCAGCGAAGUGCUUUUCGGAGUGUUCGUCAACUUCCAUUGGAUCAAUGGUUCUACAGUUGAUGCAGGAUAGCGGGGAUGAUUCUCAAGACACGACCACUGCUGUCCAAGCAUUGCUAACAAACAAGCUCGACAAGAUAAUGCAUUCGAGGGAUCGUGUAGUUCCACAAAUUCUACUAUCGAGUUGGAUAACGUGGAACUUUAUGAACCAGAUGAACAAGAAAGACGAACUCAUGAACACUGAAAAGGAUCAGGAGAAAUUGACCCAAUUACGAGAUGAUAUAUCCAUUUUGAAAGCUGAUUUCCAAAGUUUCCUGAAAAGGUACUUGCCAUGUCUUGAUAACGAUACGGUAUAUCAAAUAAUCCUUAACCAAAAUAGAAAAGCAGAACUGCUUUACUUUGCAAACUUGGUAAACGAUGUGGACUACGUCAUUUCGUAUUGGAUCAGUCAGGAGAACUGGUACGAAUCGCUAAAGGCCCUACAAUCCUCUUCCUCUGAUGAAUCGUUAUACAAAUAUUCUAAUAUCCUGUUAAUCAAUGCACCAGAGGCCACGGUCGCAACGUGGAUGAAAUUCAAGGCUGCGGACCCAGUGAAGCUGAUACCGUCGAUGCUCACCUAUUUCACCAAGUACCAGAAAUCGGUUAUGAACCAGGGAACGAACGUUGCCUUCACCUACCUCGAAUGGUACAUUGACAAGUUCAAACCAAAGGAACCGAUCAUUUAUAACACUGCAUCGUACAUGCUCAUCACAGGUGCGGGGCGGGACGCAGUCGACACAGAUAAAGUGAUCGAUUUACUAGAAAAACUUGAAUCGAAGUUUGAUUCACACUUCGUCUUGCGGCUGAGCCUUAAGUAUAAGCAAACGGCAAUUUCGAUCCACCUUUUCACGCAAAUGAAAUUCUUUAAAGAGGCCAUGGAUUUGUGCUUGGCGAAGAACCGAAUAGACCUUGCCAAAAAAAUGUUAACCAACGAGGACCUAGCUCAAGACCCUGCAGAGUUAAAGUCGCUGUGGUUACAGUUGUCUAAGAAACUGCUGUACACUGACAAGAAUCUGGAAAACUCUCAGGCCAUUGAUGUGAAGCAAACCAUCCGCUCCAUUAUCCAGGAAUCGAACGGAGUGAUAGAGAUCAAGGACUUGCUGCCCAUAUUUGACGAGUUCACAACGAUUGCCAAUAUCAAGGAUGAAUUGAUAAAGAGUCUGGAUGAUCACAGCAAGUCGAUGCAACAGAUCUCGCAGGAUAUUCGCAAAUGGUUACACAUGAAGGACGAGAUGCAAACCGAUAUUGAAAAGUUCAGGGAGAGGUACCAAAUUCUGGAACCCGGUGUCUCUUGUGAUUCGUGUCAUCGGAUCUUGCAAACGCGGAAAUUCUUGGUGUUCCCCUGCGGACACUGUUUCCACAACGACUGCCUCAUCAAGAAAAUUCUGCUGUCUAACGACUUCAUGUUGAAGAGCCAGAUUGAGAACUUCCAAAAGAGGCUGGCGCGGGACAAAAAAUACGGUCAGCUGACUGAGUUGGAGUCCCUCAUGACCACCAAGUGUUGUCUCUGCAGUGAUCUGAACAUCAACACGCUCGACAAUUUGGUUACUGUGAAUCAAGCCGAUAUAGAGAAGUGGAGUCUGUAA